UUACGACACUGCACACAGUUCCUCAUCGCCCUGAUCAAGAUGGCUUCGUCGUUUUGGAAAGGUGUUGUCGGCGUCGGACUUUUUGCCUUAGCCCACGCAGCUUUCUCAGCAGCGCAACAUCGAUCAUACAUGAGACUCACAGAGAAGGAAAACGAGACGCUACCAAUUGAUAUUGUAUUACAGACCUUACUAUCGUUUGUGAUGACCUGUUAUGGUAUUGUCCACAUCGCUGGAGAGUUCAAAGACAUGGACGCCUCCUCAGAGCUCAAAAACAAAACAUUCGAUACACUGAGGAACCACCCAUCCUUCUACCUUUUCAAUCACCGAGGUCGCGUGCUGUUCCGCACGCCGGCGGAGGAGCCCUCCUCUGUACGCAACCAGCAAGCUCUUCCCAACCCCUUACGGCUACGCAAGCUGGAGCAUUUGCACUGAGACUGGCCUUUCCUGCCUGUAACAUCAUCAUCAUCAUCAUCAGAUAAGAUUUGUUUUUGUUUAGACAGAGGAGGCAAAGUGAGAAUUCACCUCCCUCGACUUUAAUUUGUAUUUGUACAUAAACUAAUAUGCUGUCCAAAACAUGCAUCUCUGUCCAUAACAGUGGUCACCACCAUACUCAACACUGACUGUGCCAACCCUUCAAUUUUUUCGAGCAGACUUGUUUGUAUAUACAGUGUGUAAUCGCUUUGGAGUCUUAAGAUGCAAAGACAUCUGCCCUUCGUGUCCCUUCUGAACUGAAGUGGGACAUCGCUGUCCUUUGUAUAUCCUUUGUAUGAGGGGCAUAAAACCGCCUGUUUCGUUACUGUUUCCACCACACAUCAGUCUUCAACUGUCUGGGAAGAAUUCUGUGAGCUGAAAUGAGUUUUGUGUGUAUGACCCGAGAUGCUCUUAUUUACUUGAUGAUUUCCCGGAAGCAUAAAGGCUCAUCUGUGCUUCCUGUAUGCAUUAAAGAGGUUUAUGCCACAGGAAAUCAACUCGAUAUGAGACGCGAGAGCAGAGAAACCUAAGGCAGCCGUUCCACUGAUACUGUGAAACGCUUGAGGCGAACCUGAAAGCAAUGGUACAUUCAUUUGGGUGAAGUUUGUUUUUUUUCCUUCAUUUUACAUUUUGUUAAGAUUCAACAGAUGUUUUUAAUUUAAUAAAAGGCAUAC